AUGGCGACCCAUCAGAUGGACCUUGAAUUCCCAUGUUCUCUAACUAUCGACCUCCCAUUACCUACCGCUCGUCUGGCAUCCAUAGCUCUCCAAACCUUGCGCGUUGAUAAAGAACUUUCCCCUCUUGUCUGCCGAUCUUUCUCUACCGUUGCCCCUCCACAUUCUUCAUCAGGAUCAGAGACAGUGUUACGCACAGAGUACAAAGCCACCACGAAUAGGAUGCUGAGGGUUGCUGUGAAUGGGUUCAUGGAGAGUCUGACAGUAGUCCUGGGUGCUAUGGAGGAGUUGGAUGUCGAUGUUCUUGAAACGACGAAGGAAUGA